AUGUUAAAAAAUUUAAUUUUUAGUAAAAAUAAAAAUAAACUUUUUCAAACUUCCACAUCACAGUUUGUAAGAAAUUAUUUAAAUGUUAAAAAUGUAACAAGUGAGUUAAAUAAAUAUAGAAAUAUUGGUAUUAUUGCACAUGUCGAUGCUGGUAAAACAACAACAUGUGAAAGAAUGUUAUAUUAUUCAGGUUUAAUUAAAAGAAUUGGUGAGGUACAUAAAGGAGAUACAGUUAUGGAUUAUUUAAAGUUGGAAAGAGAAAGAGGUAUAACAAUAGGUGCAGCAACAGUAACAAUACCAUGGAGCGAUCAUAGAAUUAAUAUUGUAGAUACACCUGGGCAUGUUGAUUUCACUGUAGAGGUCGAAAGAUCAGUUAGGGUUAUUGAUGGAAGUGUAGCAAUUUUCGAUGGUGUAGCUGGUGUACAAGCACAAUCAAUCACUGUAUGGAACCAAUCAGAGAGAUAUUCAGUACCAAGAAUUGCAUUUAUUAAUAAAAUGGAUAGAGAGGGUGCAUCAAUUGAUAAAACUUUAAAGAUGAUGAAGGAUAGACUUGGUGCAAAUCCAAUACCAAUUCAAUAUCCAACUGGAACAGGUUCACAGUUUUCUUAUGUUAUAGAUCUCAUUGAUAUGGUGGUACUAAAUUGGGCUGGUGAAAAAGGUGAAGUUGUCGAAAAAUUACCACUUAAAGAUUUCCCACAAGAAAUUCAAGAGAAAGCUAAAGAAAAAAGAACAGAGCUUGUACAAAGUCUUUCUGACCAUGAUGAAGAAAUAAUCCAACUUAUAUUAGAAAAUGAUGGUGACACAGACAAGGUUUCAACAAAGCAGAUUAAAGAUGCCAUUCGUAGGGUAACCAUUUCAAUGAAAGCUGUACCAGUUUUAUAUGGGUCUUCAUUACAAAACAAAGGUGUUCAACAGGUUUUAAAUUCUGUUAUUGAUUAUUUACCAUCACCAACUGACAGAGAGCCUCCAUUAGCUCGUUUACCACCAUCAGCUCCGGGCCAACAAGAAAAAACCAAUAUCCCAAUUAAAAGUGAUCAAAAGGGCGAAUUAGUAGCUUUGGCAUUUAAAGUAGUACAUGAUCCAAGACGUGGACUUAUCGUUUAUACACGUGUAUACUCUGGUGUUUUAAAGACUUCAUCAACUAUUUACAACUCAACUAGAAAGUCAAAAGAGAGAGUCUCUAAACUUUUACAGGUAUCGGCUAAUGAAAUGGAGGAUAUACAAGAAUUAAAAGCAGGUGAUAUUGGUGCAAUUUUAGGUUUAAAAAAUGUUUCAACAGGUGAUACCUUGGUUAGAGAUUUUGAAAAAGCACCAAAGGUUAUUCUUAAUGGUAUUCAAACCCCACCACCAGUAUUUUAUUGUACAUUAGAAGCAAACUCUGAAGGCGAAAUUCCUAAAUUACUAGAAGCCCUUACUGUGCUCCAAAAAGAGGAUCCUUCAUUCCAUUAUCAAGUUACUGAUGACCAAGUUAUUUUAAUUAAAGGUAUGGGAGAGCUUCAUUUAGAAAUCAUUAAGGAUCGUUUGGAUAAUCAUUUCAAUGUCGAAAGUAGAAUGGGUAAAAUGCAGGUUUCAUAUCGUGGUUCAAUAUCUUACUCCAAUCAAAAAGAUUUCAACGAAACUAUUAAUAUUCAAAGUGGUACAGGUAUUAAAUCAUUUUCAGCAGGUAUUAGUAUGUCUAUUGAGCCAUUAGAAUUGGGCAGCGGUAAUCAAAUUGUUUUCAAUUUACCAGAUUCAUUAGUUGACUCUAUGGAGAAAUCAACUGUUGAAAAAAUUAAAGAGGCUAUUGUAGAGGGAUUAGAGUCAUCUUUCCAACGUGGUUUACCAUUGGGUUUCCCUGUAGUAGAUGUUAAAGUUUCAAUCGACAAUAUUUUAUACCUUUCAGAUUCAGAUUCUCCACCAAAUGCUUUUAGAACAGUUGCAAUUAAAUCAUUCUUAAAUCUUGGUGAAUCUAGCGAACCUGUUAUUUUGGAACCAUUAAUGAAAAUAGAAAUUACAGUUGACGAAAAAUAUCUUGGUAAUGUUUUAUCGGAUCUUUCAAGACAAAGAAGAGCCACAAUCCAAGAAGUCGGUAUGGAGAAAAAUGUACAUAUUAUUAAUGCUAUUGUUCCAUUAAAAGAAAUGAUUGGUUAUUCGACUCAGUUAAGAAGUUUUACAUCUGGUAAUGCUUCAUUCACCAUGGAAUUUUUAAAUUAUGGAAAGGUUUUAAAUACAACUGAAAAAGAAAAAAUAUUAAAAGAAAUAAGAGGUUAUUAA